ACUGGUGGGAACUUGCUAGCACAAGCAGGGAAACUGUGGAAUCUUGUUUUAUGAGCAUGAUUGUUAAAUUAUAGAGGCCGUAGAGUCUGCAGGAGGCCGGAUUGUCUUCCACUGUGCCCUUGUGAACAUUACGAAGAUAAAUAUAGUUUUCAGUAGGCCAUGGGUGGGGUAAAUGUCAGGAAUUUCGAGUUUUCUGCCCUACUCAGGCCAAUGAAAAGCGACAACGUAAAUGUCCCAACUUCUAUUUUCCACGUUUCCGGCGAUUAAAACCAGGACACGAACACUCCUUCACUUGACAAUCUGCUACUUCUGCUAGAACUAUGGAGUCCAAGACAAGAGUUGGGUGGGUGGCCUUCACCAUCGUCAUCCUCAUCUCAUGCUGCCUGGAACUUUUACACUUCAAUCUCCCAACUACUGAGGCUCGAGCAGCUGACGCCGGCGGCUUAGUGAGACUGAGCCUCAGGAAGCGUCCUCUCCGUCUUGAGGAUGUUAAGGCAAAGGCAGCGGCAGGAGCAGGAGGACGAGCAUCCCUCGUCGCCGUCGGUGAUAGUGGAAAUGGUGCUAGCGCUCUUCCUCUGAAGAAUUACUUCAAUGCUCAGUACUUCGGAGAAAUUGGGAUCGGCACCCCUCCCCAGCAAUUCACCGUUGUCUUUGACACCGGCAGCUCCAAUCUCUGGGUUCCCUCCUCCAAAUGCUACUUCUCUAUUCCAUGCUAUUUCCACUCCAAGUACAACACUACCCGUUCAGCAACAUACCACACCAACGGAGAAUCUUGUGAAAUCAACUAUGGGUCUGGAUCAAUAUCUGGGGUUUUGGGUCAGGAUAACGUUGAGCUUGGAGAUCUUCUCGUCGAGGAUCAAGUUUUUAUUGAGGCUACCCGAGAAGGCAGUAUAUCCCUUCUGGUUUCUAAGUUUGAUGGAAUUCUUGGCCUUGGGUUUCAGGAAAUGUCUGCUGGGGAUGCCGUCCCUGUCUGGUAUAACAUGGUGCAGCAACGUCUUGUGAAAGAGGAAGUGUUCUCGUUUUGGCUGAAUCGAGAUCCAAAUGCGCUAGAGGGGGGCGAGCUAGUUUUUGGUGGCAGUGAUCCGAAGCACUUCAAAGGAAACCAUACUUAUGUCCCUGUCAUUCAAAAGGGUUACUGGCAGUUCAACAUGGGGGACUUCCUGAUUGGAAACCUCUCUACAGGCGUUUGUGAAGGGGGUUGUGGUGCAAUUGUGGAUUCUGGGACAUCCUUACUUGCUGGUCCAACUAGUAUUGUCACGGAGAUCAAUCACGCCAUUGGUGCUGAAGGGAUUGUGAGUGCAGAGUGCAAGAAAGUGGUUAGUCAGUUUGGGGACAUGAUAUGGGAUCUCUUGAUUUUAGGGGUAAAACCCGAUCAAGUAUGUUCACAGCUUGGCGUGUGCAUGUUCAAUGGGGCUCAGUAUGUGAGUUCUCAGAUUGAGCAAGUGGUGAAGGAAAAUGAGGGAGCAUCAGUUAACAAUGACCUUCUGUGCACUGCUUGUGAGCUGCUAGUCAUCUGGGUCCGGAACCAACUCAAACACAAGGAGAUAAAGGAUGCAGUCCUCAACUACGUCAGCGAGGCAAGCUUUCUGUGUGAGAGCUUGCCGAGUCCAUCAGGCGAGUCCAUAGUUGAUUGCAACAGCCUGCCAACCAUGCCCAAUGUCUCUUUGACCAUAGGGGAGAAACUCUUCAUCCUCACUCCGGAGCAGUAUGUUGUGAAGAUCGAGGAAGGCAUUAAAGAGAUCUGCAUCAGUGGGUUCAUGGUUUUUGACGUCCCACCUCCUCAAGGUCCUUUGUGGGUUCUUGGAGAUGUGUUCAUGGGUGUGUAUCAUACGGUGUUCGACUCUGGUAACCUGCAACUGGGUUUUGCUGAAGCCGCAUGACUAAAAGAUCAACAUCUCCGCAUCAUGGAAGGCAGGGGGAUUACAGCUACUUGGUGUCGCCGGAGUACAUAUGCUGUUGAAUAACACUCCAAAACAAUGGUGCUGCAGCUUUCUACCUCCUCGAGCUAGUACGAGAUGUAUGUUUCGUGUGAAGAAUAAUAACAAUGUACAGUAGUGGAGAACCAGAAGUGUUGAUGCCGCAUUUUAUCUCGACUGUAUGAUCCUUAUUG